AGUCACCCUGUAUAGCGUGUCCCGCGGUGAUCUUAGUCUUUUUCUGUUCAGAGCCCUUCCGUCCUGGCCGGAGCCCCUCGCCCCGAGCUCGGCCUCCCAGCUGCACUUCCUCCUGCUCCUCACAUCCUCCGAGCCAGUUGUGCCCCUGAAGGAAGGAAGCCGGGACAGGAGGGCGGGCAGGGGAAAGUCAGAGGAAACAGUGCGCACACCCUCUCGGGCAACACCAGUGUUUUAUCUUCCUGCCACCUCAUCUCGCCGGGACUUGCCCAAUUCUCGGUGCUCCCUAACCUGAGGACCUGCGCUGGUCAGGGCGCCGCCCGGGGGGUUCGGAGCGAAUGUGGCCCUGGCCCCGGGAGGCAACCCCUCAGCAGCGCUGCAUCAGCCACAGCCAAGCCGGACAUCCGGGCGGCACUACCGCCCCCCAGGACCCUCCGGGCCGGGAUCGAUCUGUGCGUGCCCAGUCUCUGUUAGAUUACACUCCACUGGCUGCUGCUGCAUACUGGUUGGCCAUGGUUCCUACUAGCCCAAGCUUCUGACUCAGCUGAAAUCUUCAGUGGUUCUGCAGUCCAAGUAUGAUGCUACAUAGGAACCAUAUGGAUUGGCUUUUUCUAUCUCCAACGGUCUGGAUGUAUCAGAGAAUCCUCUCUCUAGAAGAUACAGUGCUUGGAACUUUCAAAAUUAGGAACUCUUUAACUUGGAUUUUACCCAUGAAGCAACCCUUAAAAUAAGUGUGUUCUUCUGUAUAUUAAAAGCACAUUUGAGUAAUGAGUGUGGUGAUUGAAUUGCCCCCAAAACUGGAGGAGGAAACCUUUGGAGGGGAAGAUGACAUGACAGAUGGAGAUCUAGGAAAUGGACUUGGCAGAAAACCUGGUGGCAUUUAUGAAGCAGAAGAUUCAAAGACAUCUAAUUCCAGAAUAGGAUCCUUUCCUUCAUCUCCAGGAAAGGGGGAAGAAAGCAACAGUACCAUUUUUCGUUAUUUCAGACAUCAUAAUUCACAUGGCACAUCUUCCAAAAAUCAUGGAUUUGCAAGUUGUAAAAGACAAAAUAGUACUGAUUCUACUCAUUCAGAAUUAUCAAAUGAAGAAUUAAGACAACAACUUCAUGAUGUUUUACAGGAAGUAGAAAGUCUGAGAAUUGAACUUGAAGCAUCACAAAGACAACUAGAGGGGAAAAGGGAAGCAUUGAAAAUUCUCCAAAGCAUGGCAAUAUUUAGUAAAGCUACUAACCAUACCAAAGAAAUACUUCAGAAAUCAGAAGAACAGAAGAAAUCUUUGGAAAAGGAAAUAAAUGCUCUGCAGUGGGAAAUUGAAUUUGAUCAUAAUAGAUUUAAAACUGUAGAGGAAUCUUGGGCCCAAAAAUAUGAUAGAGUAUAUUGUGAAAAUUCAAUCCUUAAGGAAACGCUGAAGUUAAGAACAGAAGAAGUCAAAAGGCUUAAGUCUGAAAAUGCAACUCUGAAUCAGCAGUGCCUGGAGUCUGUUGCAAUGCUUGAUAUAAAACAGCAGAAGCUUGUUCAGGAAAACAUGAGCCUUAAAGGUGACCCUACAGAAGUUACAGGUCUGGAACUGGCAGUACUUGGGGCUUGCAUCUGUAACCAUCCUGGAGGACAACCUUGUUCCUGUGCUAAGACAGCUGCAGCUGCUAGAAAACAGCUUCUUCAGCAGAAGCAAGAGUUAGAAAUGUUAAGGAAGAGUAAAGAAGAAGCUUAUAUAAUGGCAGAUGCAUUCAGGAUUGCAUUUGAGCAACAAUUAAUGAGAAGAAAUGAGCAGACCCUGAGAUUUAUGCAAAUUAAUAAAAUAUGUAAAAAACCAACCAAAUGGCUAAACUGGAAACACCUUAAGGAUGAUGGAUUUGUGUUACAAAAGAAGAAGAACUUUGGGCAGAAGCUAUUAAGUAUACUUGAAGCCAAUUCUAAGAAAAUGGAAGAGCUGGACAAUCCUCAGGAAAUCUUUAGGAUACUAGUAGAUUUGUUAAAUGAUAAAGAAGAAGCUUUAGCUCAUCAGAGAAAAGUUAGUUACAUGCUGGCUCGGGAACUAGAAGAAAAAGAUGCUGAAAAGAAGAAUAAAGACCAUGAACAUAUGAAAGAGGAUUCUCUAUCUGAAAACUACUCACCCUCAAGUCCAGAUCUCUCUAGUUUGUUUGAUUGUGAAUGUUCAAAUGUCCACAUUCUUAAUUGUAAAAAUUGUGUUUGUUCAGUCCCUAAUCAAAAAAUAGAUACGACUUCCACAGGAACACUUCAAAAAUCACAUUCCUUGCCAUCAAGGAUCAGAUUUUUUGAAGAAACAGAUAAAAUUAGAACUGAAAGUGGUUUGUAACACCGUUUUUAAAAAUAAGAUUUUGUGCUUCUUACUGUGUCACAAGAAAUUUUGUGUCUAUCUUGCACUUUCUGAGCCUUCCUGAUUUUAAAACAAUAAUUUGACCAAACUUCAUGGGAAUGGUGCAUUUUUUCUAUAAUUUAAUAUUAUGACAAAAAUAUGUGCUUUAAAAAUUUUUAGCAUAGUAUUUAAUUUAGUUUUUAUUUGUUAAAAUACCAAAACCAAGUACAAAAUGAUUUAGGAAGAAAAGAGAAACAUAAUUAUUCAAUUAGAUUAUAUAACAGGACCCUGGGUUGGCUAAAGAAGUCAUGGAAUCAUUUUUAAAAUGUUACUCUAAAAAACCAUUUCAUCUAACUAAUCCUUCCAAUACAACAUAUUAACUAUGAGCUGCUGAAACAGUUUUUAAUCUUGGCUUUUUCAAUGAACGUGAAAAGUUAAGAACUAAAUGUUCUAGUUUUCAGUCUAGAGUUUCAGAUGAUAAAAUGUUGCCUUUGUUGGUUUCUUUGGACAGAAUGUACAAAGAAUUGAUUGCUUUUUACUUCAUGGGAUGGCAGGUUUAGUUCUGGAAGAGUCCUCAGAAAUCAUCUAAUUUCUCUUCCUCCUUUCAUAUAUAAGGAAACAAAUGCAGAGAAAAGUGCACACAGUAAGGAACAGAACUCUGGUCUGUACUCAGGUUUUUGGACACCAGUCUUUUUCACUAUAUUACUGCUUCUUGAUGAUCUCAUUUGUAUAUUUUAUAUACCUCAGUGGCUCAAACAAAAUAGGUUCUCCUAAGAACUAUGGAGACUGAAUUCAGAUUGAAGCAUAUUACUUUAAUCUUUUUUUGUUUGUUUUGUUUUG